AAGUCUUUUUUUGUUACUGAUUCGAUAUCAAAUUGAUACCUUAUCGUGUUAUUGAUAAAAAAAAAUAACCGGUCACGCAUCGUAUAUAAUAAGCAAAUAAGUGACACUGGAAAAGGUCAAAAAUUAAAUAUCGAUUCUAAUUUUAAAGAAAAAUGGUUGUCACUACUGGCAUAAUUGUCGUUGCCAUUGUUUGGUUGGGCAAUAAAAUUUAUCGUUGGAUUUACGAAGGCUACGAUUUAUUUGAAAAUCUUGGGAUAAAAUUCAUCAAACCGGCUCCCAUUUUGGGUUCAAAUUGGCGACUUUUUUUUCGCAAAACUACAUUGCGAGAAACAAUUCUAAACGCCUACAAUGCUUAUCCGGAUGCCUCGAUUGUCGGUUUAUUCGACAUGAAACAGCCUAUUUUUAUGAUUCGAGACCCAGAAAUUGUGAAACAAAUUACUGUUAAAGAUUUCGAUCAUUUUGGUGAUCAUCGUUCUGUUCUGGAUGAGAAAAAAGAACCGUUAUUCGGAAAUAGUUUGGUCAACUUGAAAGGUCAGAAAUGGCGCGAAAUGCGAGCGACAUUGAGUCCAAUAUUCACGGGCAGCAAAAUGCGCCAAAUGUUUGAGCUGGUAUCGGAGAUCGGAGCUCAAAUUGCGGAAUAUUUCAAAAAUGUCACAGACGAAGAGCGACACUUGGAAUUCAAGGAAAUGUUUUCUAGAUUCACAAACGAUGUAAUUGCCACAGCUGCAUUUGGGAUCGAAGUUGACUCCUUGAAGAACAAACAAAACGAGUUUUUCGUUUCGGCAAAAACAUUGAUGGAUUUUUCGAGUUUCUGGACAAUUUUGCGAUUCAUGUUUCUCUUCAUGUUCCCAAAAGUAGCGAAAUUCUUGGGAAUUCGCUUGGUUCCGGAAUGGAAGACGAAAUUUUUCCAAAGUAUAGUAACAGAAACGAUGGAUUAUCGCGAAAAGGAGGGAAUUGUGAGACCAGAUUUGAUUCAUUUGAUGCUCCAAUUGAAGAAAGGCAUGUUAAAAUUAAACAAUAAUGAAACGAAAGACUCGAACGAUUCCUUUGCUGCUGUCGAAGAAUCAGAGUUAGGUCGCGUGGUUGUUCGUCGUCAAUGGUCCGAUAACGAACUUAUGGCCCAAUGUUUCAUCUUUUUCCUUGCAGGCUUCGAUACAUCAUCAACUGCAAUGUCAUUUUUGGCCUACGAACUUGCCAUCAACAAAGAUAUCCAGGAAAAACUUAUUGCCGAAAUUGACCAAGUGAACGAGGACUUGAAUGGAAAACGUUUAACUUACGAUGCUUUACAAAAAAUGAAAUAUCUCGAUAUGGUACUCACUGAAUCGCUCCGGAUGUGGGCUCCUGCUGAACUUACUGACCGCCUUUGCCUCAAAGACUACAAACUCAAAAAUGAUCAAGGCGUAGAAUUUACAAUGAAAAAGGAUCACGUUGCUUGGAUACCCAUCGGUGGAUUCCAUUAUGAUGCAAAAUACUGGAAAAAUCCCGAGAAAUUCGACCCUGAACGUUUUAGUGAUGAACAUAAGUCAAAUGUCAAUCAAGGUGCCUACAUGCCAUUCGGAGUUGGUCCCCGCAACUGUAUUGGAUCGAGAUUCGCUUUGAUGGAAAUCAAAUGUGCUUUCUACUACUUAUUGCUGAAUUUUACCAUUGAAACUACCGAAAAAACACAAAUUCCCUUGCAACUAGAAAAAGGAUUCGCCCAACGGCCAGAGAAAGGAAUCUGGCUGAAAUUGGAAAAGCGAAACAAAUAAAUUUUAAAAAAUUGUCAAAAAUAAGAAAUUAUGUGUUGCUGAUUAUUGUUCUCAUGAUAAAAUGAAAAUGACGCCAACAAAUUAUUAAUUAGGCAAAUAAAUUUUUAUGUAUUUAUUUUUGUCAUUGAUUUUAUCGAAAAAAUUCAGGGUGAAAAAUAAAAAUUUAAUAUAAAAUGAAAACAUUUUCUGAC